GCUGCCCUUAGCCUCCAUGUUGGAUUUGUUUGUCAAGGGCUGUCUUGUUUUCUACGUCCUUUGAUCGUCAGAAUGAAUUGCUUUAAGAGAUUGCAUCAAAAUUGAGCAGCAUUGAUAUGGAUGGACACGAUAAAGAGCCUUUCAAUGCACAAGCGAUCAGUGCUGGCGUCUUCUGUGAUUUCCUGGAGGUGGCUUUCCAUUUGAUUCUUUACGUGAGAGAGGUUUACCCAGCUGUGGUGUUUGAAAGAAGAAAGAAAUACAACGUCCCAGUACAAAUGUGCUGUCAUCCUGAUCUUAACCAUUACAUCCAAGAUGUCCUGGUGACAAUCAAACCCCUAAUAGAAAAGAAUGAAGUAUCCAAGAUCAGCUUAGUGAUUUCAAAUAAGAGUUUUCAGCCAGUGGAGAGAUUUACGUUUGAAAUAGCCCAACCAGAUGAUAUUUCACUCAGUGAUGACAACCUGUUAUUGCACACUGAGUCAGCAUUGAGAGCAUUCCUUCUGAAGAUUAAUGUCUGUGAUGCCCUGUUGAAAAACAAUCCAUCAGAAUGUACUUUUACGGUACUUGCAUAUACUAAAGAAUCUGCCCAUGUAGAACUUCAAUCGGACAGCAAACAUGAGGAGUUUCCUUGGAUACCAGCUGAACAAGAGAGCACUUCAAUGAGUGAUUUCAACAUAAUUCCAUUAAAGUCUAUGACAUCACCAAUCCUAAAGAUGCAGAUGUAUGUUGAAGAAAAUGUUCAAAAGAAGAACAACCCAUGAAAAUGACUGGAGAGAUAUUGAACAGGACGCCAUGAAUGUCUGCAAAACAGCUCGCCAGAACCGAGUGGAAGCCAUUAGUACCAGUGCCUCUCUUCAAGAUAUGUUCGACCAUUGAUGUCUAGAAGCUACAGAGAGGAGCAUUCAGUCUAAAAGAAUAGUGUUAUACCAUCUGUCAAUUUAUCUGGAAAUUCACCUUAAAAAAUAGAUAAAAUGAGAUCAGUAUUUCCUAUGCUCUUGCGUCAUAAAGUGCAGACAUUGUAAAAGUGUUAUGUGUGAUAUCAUUACAAUAAUAUUCUGGACCUUGAUUAAAAAUUGUACUAAAGAAAAUUGU